AAGAGCCCCUCAAAAAGAUGGCGGUGGAACGUUCGGCCGGAAGCGGUCACAAGCGUUUUCGUGACGCGAAACGAAUUAGAGCGUCCCGCGGGGUUUCCAUGGUGCAGCUCUCAGCCCCGAGUCCUUCUGCUUCCUCUCCGGCCUGAGCGCUGUGGACGAGGAGGCCGGCAACCCGUUCCUCCCCCCGCAGUCGCCGCUUAGGGGAGGGGUUGGGCGAGCAAGUGACGCUCUAGGCGAGUAGUUCUCGUCUCUAUGGUGCUGAAUGCUCUCACGCUCCGCUCUCGCGCGUUGGGACGGACGUUGCCCCUUUAAUCGGCCGAGGGCGGUGCCGAGGAGGUCCCGCGAGAGCGGCGGGGGGCGGGGGGCGGUGCCGAGGCUGGGGGCCCGUGGCGGAUGGAGCCCGCGAUGGAGCCGGAGACUCUGGAGGCGCGAAUCAACAGAGCCACAAACCCUCUGAACAAGGAGCUGAACUGGGCCAGCAUCAACGGCUUCUGCGAGCAGCUCAACGAGGACUUUGAGGGGCCUCCACUUGCCACCCGGCUGUUGGCCCACAAGAUCCAGUCCCCGCAGGAGUGGGAGGCGAUCCAGGCCCUGACGGUGCUGGAAACAUGCAUGAAGAGCUGUGGCAAGAGGUUCCACGAUGAGGUGGGCAAAUUCCGCUUCCUCAACGAGCUCAUCAAGGUCGUGUCUCCCAAGUACCUGGGCUCGCGGACGUCGGAGAAGGUGAAGAACAAGAUCCUGGAGCUCCUCUACAGCUGGACGGUCGGCCUCCCCGAGGAGGUGAAGAUCGCAGAGGCCUACCAGAUGCUGAAGAAGCAGGGGAUCGUGAAGGCCGACCCCAAGCUUCCGGAUGACGCCGCCCUUCCCCUUCCUCCACCGCGGCCCAAGAAUGUGAUCUUUGAGGACGAGGAGAAAUCCAAGAUGCUGGCCCGCCUGCUGAAGAGCUCCCACCCCGAGGACCUCCGAGCGGCCAACAAACUCAUCAAGGAGAUGGUGCAGGAGGACCAGAAGCGGAUGGAGAAGAUCUCGAAGCGGGUGAGCGCCAUCGAGGAGGUGAACAACAACGUGAAGCUGCUGACGGAGAUGGUCAUGAACCACAGCCAGGGCGGUGCCGCAGCCCGGAGCGGCGAGGACCUCAUGAAGGAGCUGUACCAGCGCUGUGAGCGCAUGCGGCCCACGCUCUUCAGACUGGCCAGCGACACCGAGGACAAUGACGAGGCCCUGGCCGAGAUCCUGCAAGCCAACGACAACCUCACCCAGGUGAUCAACCUGUACAAGCAGCUGGUGCGGGGCGAAGAGGUCAACGGUGAUGCCACAGCCGCCUCCAUCCCGGGGAGCACCUCGGCCCUGCUGGACCUCUCGGGCCUGGAUCUCCCUCCAGCGGGCACCACCUACCCAGCCAUGCCCACCCGCCCUGGCGAGCAGGCCAGCCCCGAGCAGCCCAGCUCCUCCGUUUCCCUGCUUGACGACGAGCUCAUGUCUCUGGGCCUGAGUGACCCCACACCCGCCUCGGGCCCCAGCUUGGAUGGUGCCGGGUGGAACAGCUUCCAGUCAUCCGAUGGCACUGAACCCCCGGCCCCGACUCCAGCCCCCAGCACGGAGAGUCAGCCCCCCACGCGGACGUCCCUGCCCACGAGCAGUGGUCUGGAUGACCUGGACCUCCUGGGGAAGACGCUCCUGCAACAGUCGCUGCCCCCUGAGUCCCAGCAAGUGCGGUGGGAGAAGCAGCAGCCAGCCCCCCGGCUCACGCUCCGGGACUUGCAGAAUAAAAGCAGCUGCAGCUCGCUCAGCUCCGGUGCCACCAGCCUUCUCCACACCGUGUCCCCCGAGCCCCCCGGGCCUCCACAACAGCCCACACCGACGGAGCUGUCGCUGGCCAAUGUCACUGUGCCUCUGGAGUCCAUCAAACCCAGCAGCAUCUUGCCAGUGACCGUGUACGACCAGCAUGGCUUCCGGGUCCUCUUCCACUUCGCCCGGGACCCGCUGCCCGGGCGCUCCGACGUGCUGGUGGUGGUGGUUUCCAUGCUGAGCACCGCCCCCCACCCCAUCCGCAACAUCGUUUUCCAGUCAGCUGUCCCCAAGGUCAUGAAAGUGAAGCUGCAGCCGCCCUCGGGCACAGAGCUACCGGCCUUUAACCCCAUCGUCCACCCCUCCGCCAUCACCCAGGUCCUGCUCCUGGCCAACCCACAGAAGGAGAAGGUUCGCCUCCGCUACAAGCUCCUGUUCACCAUGGGCGACCAGACCUACAACGAGAUGGGGGACGUGGACCAGUUCCCCCCACCAGAGACCUGGGGGAGCCUCUAGAACAGAGAGGGGCUGGGGAGAGGAGGGGCACUGGGACCGGCCACCCUGGAGCCUGGGUGGGAGCCGGCGGUGGCCUAGGACACCCUCGGUUCCCAGGGCCACAUACCCCUGGGUCUGGUGCUUCUCUCCUCACCCCUGCGGCCCCCUCGUCUCUUGCCCCCUCCCCUGCUGCGCCAAACCCAGCAGGAGGCUGGGCCUGGGUUUGCACUGGGGACCCGCAUCCGGGUGGGCGCCUGGAGUGGGAAGGGGCUGCACGGCCCCACAAGGACUUGGGGUCAUGGGGAGAAGCAUGGCUGUUGGGCAAGGCCAGGCCCUCAGGCCCAGUGCCACCCUCAGCCUGGGGAGGGGUCGUCCCGCCUGUCUCUUAUGCCUUAUGGGAAGGCCCAGCCAUAACUCGGGGCUAUGCUGGCGCCGGGACCAGCUCAGGCCUCCUCUGUAGGAAGCGGGUGACUGUGGGGGUGACACCUGCACCCCCAGCUCUUUGCACUCUCGGUGUGUGGUUUUGACUCUCUUUGCUUUUCUUGCUGGGUGGCCCCGUGGUCACCAUCUCAGGGGGCACCGUGGGGAGAGCCCCACUGGUCCCCCACUCCUCCUGGGGAUCUCACUCCACUCGCCUGGCCUCUUUGCUGCCAGGCCUCCCCGGGGGACUGUGCUGGCCCACGGGUCAUGCCAGAGGUGGGUGCCCCAGCCAGGGACUCCCGGGCUCCUGGUCAGGGGAGGUCCUGCCCUGGAGUUCCCAGCGUGUGUCAUUCAUUGGUCUCUGUCCGUCCAGCUGUCCAUGGGCAGAAGUGGGGUCAGUGUGCGAGUGAGGGCAGGAGUAUUUAUGGAAAUAAAACGUCCUUUUUCCUGGACCAGCUGCUCUCGUGGCCCUUCUGAGGCAGAGGGAGCUGGGCGGGGUCCAGGCGUGGGAGGUCCCCGGGGCUGCCCUGCAGACCUGCCUCUCCCUGGAGAUUAGCCCACACGGUUCCUCUCCUCACCGCUCCUGGUCCCUGCACCGGAAGAGGCCCUGCUCAGGGCCUUGUGGCCACUGCUGAGUCACCAGAGAGGACCCAGGCUUAUAAUGGCCCAGAGCCAUCCCAGCUGGAACUGAGUGGCCGCGGGGGCCUGCCAGGAGCCCCAGCUGCUGUAGACGCUGACGGGGAGGCCCCCAGCCACUCGCCACUUCCUCUUGCUACACUCAGCCCUCAAAACACAACUGCAAUGCAGCACCACCCCGAGCCCAUGCCUCAGCUUCUCCCUUUCUCCAGAGACCAGGAAGCAAGGUGCCAAGGGCAGCUUGUUUCUGGAGAGGCCCAGGGACCCUCCUAGGGGGCCCCUGCCUCUCCAGCUGCAGCAUGCCUGUCCCGGGGUUAUCGGUGUCUCUCUAACCGGGAGGCUGGGGUCCAGGCCUGGGGAAUGGCUUAGAGGCUGGCAGCUGAGGGAGCCACCCAGCGCCGAGCAGAGCCAAGAGUUGGUUAGUCUGGGGGCUCGCCCUGGGAUGUGGGGCCGGCUGUCCAGGGCCCCUGCCCUCUACCGGGCAGGGUCCCUGCUCACAGAAGUCUUGGUUGGCCGGUCCUAGGAGAUGGUGGAAGUUGUGCAUUUAAGAGGCCAGUUUCACUUUGUCUUAACCCAGUGUUUCCCAGUGUGCACUUGGCCGCUGACCCCUUUGUGUAGAUGCUGUUGAGGAGGCUGGAGACCAGCCCAGCCCUCCGGGUUUCCCAGAGCCCAACACACCCAACUGCCCGGCCUGUGCGCUCUUGAACAUUUACCAAGCGAGUGCCCUGCUCUGUGCCAGGCUGGUGCUGGAAGCUCAGGGUGAGAGCUCCACGAGGGCCGUGCUGCCCAGGGUGCAGGAGAGGGAGCAGGCCUCUGAGCGGCCUUUCCAGCGGGACCCCCCUCAGGUCCCCACGGGGUGACUCCCGUCCCUUAUCAUGGCCUCCAGAUGCUCUGAUAUCUCAGCCCCCUGGCCUCCUUCCUGCUGCCCCCCCCCCAAGACUCUGCCUAAACACUUGUGAUGUCUUCAAAAGAUAAUCUCUGGCUGGAAGGGUCUUCCUUUAUUUGGGCCACACCCACAGUGUGGGAUGGAACCUGUGCCACAGCGGUGACAACGCAAGAUCCUUAACCCGCUAAGUCACCAGGGAACUCCAAAGGAAGCUUCUUCCUUUAGUUUUGCUUUUUUUUUUUUUUUUAACUACUGCACUUGCAGCAUAUGGAAGUUCCCAAGCUAGGGGUAGAAUCGGAGCUACAGCUGCCAGCCUACAGCACAGCCACAGCAACAGCAGAUCCGAGCCUCAUCUGUGACCUACAUCUCAGCUCACAGCAAUGCCAGAUCAUUAACUCACUGAGCAAGGCCAGAGAUUGAACCUGCAUCCUUGUGGAUACUAGUCUGGUUCUUAACCCACUGAGCAAGGCCAGAGAUUGAACCUGCAUUCUUAUGGAUACUAGUCUGGUUCUUAACCCACUGAGCCACAACGGGAACUCCAAAGGAAGGUUCUUCGUCUACAUGAAACAAAACCCUAUUUGCUGUAACAUUCCCCUAUUUGCUGUAACAUUCUCCCUGGGGUCUCAGAAACACCCUCUUGGGCACGCAGUCUACUGGCCGUGGGAGGGCUGGUGUGACUGCCAGCUGGAGCCUGGGCCUCUUCCCGCGGGGUCCCUGGCUGGCUGUGUGACUGAACAAGGUGCUUCCUUUUCUGGCCUUUAGGUUCCUUGUUUGAAAGGGUGUAGGGAUACAGCUGUCAGGCCCCUCCGAGGCCUUCUGAAGAGUCCUGGGGCCAAAGGGUCUCCCAGGCUGUCGGCUUGGGGUGACCCAGGAUGUCCCAGGGGCAGGGAGAUCCCCUCUGUCUUUCAGACCCACCCACUUUCUCUGUUCUCGUCUGUCCAUCCUGUAGGCGCCUCUGGAGGAGCUCCCGUGCCAGGCACAGCCCCGUCCUCAGAGCUCCCACCCCAGGAGCGCUGGGACUUCCCAGGCUUGAGGCCACACUUCCACUUCUAUUUGUGCGGCUAGAGGCAGCAGCUGCUUUUUUUUUUUUUUUUUUUUAAAUAGCAACCGCAGCACACUGCUCAUCUGUUCACAGCAGCCAAGAGAAACAGAAGCCACCGCUGGCCUUCCCUGAUGUCCCAGCGCCCAGGGAUUCUCUGCAGGCCCCCCCUCGCAGGGGCACAGGCCAGCAAGGCAGACGAGAGGGGAGGCAGCCCUAGGCCGGGCACUGUGCUCAGCCAGCAGCGUGCCCUUCUCCCUUCAGCUGCCCCGUGACAGCAGGAACUGGGGCUCAGGGAGCGUACAAAGUGCCUGAGGGUGCACAGUAGGGCUCAAGUCCCAUGAGGGGCCCCUCAAACAGCACAUUGUCCCCCAGUUCGGAGCCCGCCCUGCCCAGCCCCCAUCAGCCGCUGCCCUGUGGGACCCAGGUUAAGGGCACUCUCCAGGGCGGUCAGGGUGCUGGUGGAGUCCUUUGCCUCCGCCCCACCCGGGGUUUCCUGGCAAGUCCUUUUGGCUUGAAGAGGAGGCAAGGGAGUUUUCAGAACCCCAGAAAUCACACCACAGGCCUAGCUGCUCUGGGCGGAAGCCUCCACGUGUAGGGCAGCACCGGUAAUGGCCACAAAUGACCUAUCAAGUCACUAAAAUGGGAUGUUCUCGCUGGGUCCUGCGGCCCCACAGCUGACCCCUGCUGCCGCCACCUCAGUGCCGGCCACUGGCCUCCCUGCCCACAUCCUGCUGGAGCUCCACCAGCAGACGUUUCCCAGACUGUCACAGGUUUUUGCAAUCUACUAAAGCCUCUGGGCCCCAGAAGCAGCCCCGGGGAUUAAGGCGGGGCUGGGGGGCAGGGCUGCGCAUUUCUGGAGUCUACAGGCAGCGCCAUCUGGCCCAGCAGGAGAGCACAUGGGGCUUUGGAGCCAGUCAGAUCUGCUUUCUAACUGAGCCUCUCGGCGGACCAGGGACCUGCCAGGAGUCUGGAUCUGCUCACCUAUAAAACCACAGAUACCACCUCACUGCAGAAUGUGCAAAAGUACGUGAUGAUAAGUCAUUGUCCCCAGGGGGCAGGACACAUGUGGGGGGGGGGCAACUGAGGCAGGAAUGAGGCUCUAGGGUUUUCCCAUUCCUGACUUUGCAGGCUGGAGGAAGAAAGAAACAGGGCCAGGAACUGAUGUAGGCAUCUUACAUGUUAACCUAUUUAACCCUCACGACAACCCAUCAGGUAGAUGCUAUUAUUAUCCUCAAAUUACGGAGGAGGAUGCAGGCUCAGAAAGGAACUCCCUCUCCCCAGGUUGCCCCGCUGAGCCCGCAGUUGGCUCCAUCCACACCCUUCAGCUCUGUUCUUGCUGUCUCUUGGGCUGGAAAUCACUGAUGCGACGUCUUCGCUGGCCAUUAAGCCACCUGUGUUCACUGAGCUCCUGUGACUACAGCACAUUGCUAAGCCCCUGACGUCAGCAAGAGCCAGACAAGACCCAGGCCCUCCUUGGGAGGAGCCCCAGCCAAGUCCUUGGAGAAGGGCUUGGCUGCUGAGCUCUGAGGUCGCUUUCGAGGCACCUGCAGUUCCAAAACUGUGAUCUCGACAUUCACCAAUAAACUUCUGAGUCCAGAAGUCUGAUGGCAACAUCCUUUGAUGAAAGAGCCUAUGAUCCAAACUUCAGGACUUCCAAUCUUCUCGGGAGUCAACAUCUGAGUGUGCUCGGGCUUAAAUAUGCCCUAAAAUAUGCCCCUCACCCGGCCAAAAGGUAGAGCUGCCCCACCCAGGGUGGACAAGGAGGAGCCAGGUGCCUCUCCUGCAAAGGCUCUUGGGUUGGAUGUGAGGGGGGCAGAGAUGGGAGACCCAGAGCUCAGGUGGCCUGAUUAAGUGGCUCAGUUGAUUUUACAGCAGCUGCUGCUACAGCCCACAUGGACUGGCCCCUCUGCAGACGAGCUGGGGGCCCAGGCCUGGGCAAGACAAGAGGGACAGAGGUAGAAGCCAGGCCUUGCCUUCAGGGACCUUCAGAACAGCUCGUGACAUGGACAGGCGCAGACCGGUGUGGUCUGGGCCAAAGGCAGGGCUGGACCAGCAUGGGGGACACCAUGAAGGCUGGAGAUUUCUCAGAUGGCAGGAGAAUGGCACCUGCUGCCUUGGGAAUCUUCGGUUUCCUAAUUCUGCACACAGUAGGUUGUGCCCAUAUCAGAGGCAGGGUAAACUGAGUCACCAUGAAGUUCUGGGAUCUGUCCAGUGAGCAAGGUGGAUUAGAACCCAGGCAUUACAAAUCCUGGCCCCAUGUGAUACCACGUCUACACCGGGCUCCGAUGUCUUGCUUCGUGGACACAUUUCUCAAGGCCUGCCCCCUUCUAGAAUCCUCCCCAUGGGCUUUCCAGUUGGGAGAAGGAGGCUGGUGGGAGGGAACCUUGCCUGGGAUCCAUGCCCUCACCCUGACCUGAGCCUUUGAUCCAAGAUCUCCCACCUUCCAGACAGGUGCCACACUCCGAUGGCUCAAAGAACAGCAGCUGGGAGUUCCCUGUGCAGCCCCUUCCCACCCCACCCUGGCUCCCUCUGAAGACUGGAGGGCCAGCCAGCGUCCAGCGCAUGCUCACUGUGUGCCGGGCCCAUGCUGGGCACAGUGAGAUGCCUGAGGUGGAGGUCCUGCCCUCCAAAGUGCCAGUCUGCCCACCCACACACAGCAGAUCCUCAAAGUAAUUCUCAGACUGAACUGAAACUCCAAGGCAGAGUGCACAGAGGGUAUGCCAGGACUCUCCCCAGGCCCUUCCCUCUCCCCCCAGGGAUGCAGGGGUUCAGAGGAAAGAGCGCCUGCUGUUUCCCAAAGGCUCUCGUCUUGUAUUAACUAGCAGUUAGAGGAGUUCCCACUGUGGCUUGGAGGGUUACGCACCCACCUAGUAUCCAUGAGGACGGGUGUUCCGUCCCUGGCCUCGCUCAGUGAGUUAAGGAUCGGGGGUCACUGCAAGCUGUGGUGUAGGUCAUGGAUGCAGCUCAGAUCCCUCAUUGCUGUGGCCGUGGUGUAGGCCGGCAGCUACAGCUCUGAUUCUAUUUGACCCCUAGCCUGGGAACUUCCAGAUGCCAUGGGUGUGGCCCUAAAAAGACAAAAAAAAAAAAAAAAAAAAAAAAAACCCAAACAACAACAACAACAACAAAAACCCAAACCAAAAAGACUAGCAGUUAUGGAGCCUCUACUGACUGCAGGUCCAACUCGGUUUGGCGUGGAGGCCCAAAGAGAUAACGACCAUUGACUCAGGUGGGGGUGGGGGGCUGAGCAGCACCCAGCAUUGCCUUACAGAAGUUGGGGCAGGGACUGAGGAAGUCUGCCCGAAGGGACUUCACAGAUGGCAGGAACUAGCCACUGGGGCUGGGAGAGCGCGGGUGUCUGGGGACUGCUUUGGGAGGGUUUGCUGUGGCGGUGAACGUGCCACGGGAGCAGAAGCAUGGAUACUGGAGGAGCAGGCAGGGGUGUCCUGUCCCCUCUUCCAGGUGGGCAAGGUCAGGACAGCCGACCUAGCUGGCCUCUAGAGACCUCGGCCCAGACUUCUAGGGACUGGUCCAAGGGCACGCUGCAGCAAGGUGGCCCCAGGAAGCCAAAGCCUCCAGCCAAUCUUCCAGUAGGGGAGCAGGGGUGACCUUUGGCUCAGGAUGACCAGGAGGUCCUUUGAGAAGGGAGUCCAGGGGAGCCUCGUGUGGGAGGCCCAGAGGGAUCCGUCCUUGGCCUCGGCCUCCUAAGCAUGGAGGCCUGUUUCCCCUUCAGGAGGAUGCCAGAGUUAUUAACCCAGGGCCGGCAGGCCGACGGGUGGGGCAGGAACCCAGGAAGCCGGGCAGGCGCGGCUGGAAGGGAGCUUACCUGCUUCCCGCCACGGGGGCUGGCGGGGCGGCGCGGGGACAGGGGGCGGCGCCCACGACCUGCGGACCGCCGAGCGGCCGGCGGACCCACGCUCGCCCGGAUUGGCUGGGGGCCCUUGGGGGCCCGGAAGACGCGAAAGAGCCAGAAAACAAACUUGGAGAGAGGAGUGACCUGUGGGCCGGGGGCGGAGCCGCCAGCGGGGGAGGAGAGAGCGAGCGGCAGCCCGAGCGCGGCGGGCCCAGGAAGCGCAGAGCGCCGCCCACCCAUCCGGGGCGAGAGAGGCGCCGCGGGCAGAGGCAGGCUGGGCCGGGGGGCUGCCGGGCCCUCGACCCCCAGCGUGACCCCGCGGCCCCCAGCCCGCCCGCAAGAUGAUGAAGAGGCAGCUGCAUCGCAUGCGGCAGCUGGCCCAGACGGGCAGCUUGGGACGCACCCCGGAGACAGCCGAGUUCCUGGGUGAGGACCUGCAGCAGGUGGAGCAGCGGCUGGAACCGGCCAAGCGAGCAGCCCACAAUGUCCACAAACGGCUGCAAGCCUGUCUGCAGGGCCAGAGCGGGGCGGACAUGGACAAGCGGGUG